UCCCAUUUCAAACAUCCCCUCGACCCUGUUCCCAGCACCCUGGGAUGCCUUGCAUGGCUGGACUUGGGGCAUCGUGGGACACGAAUGGUAACCACUUUGCCUGUGGUUGGCCCUGUCCAUCAUACAAUUUGGUUGAGUACCAUCCUUGUGGAUCUGGAAACAUAUUUUGUGAAGAGGGGCCAAGCUGUGUAUCCUGCAGAACCCCAGGAGCUCCUUGAGGGCAAGCCCCAAGGCUCACUCUCCAGCCCGACUUCCUCCCUGGUCUGACAUGAUGAUAGUAGCUGAUAUUAAAAGAACUCCAAGACUGGGUUAUCACUGGAAGAAGGAAAAUAGUUACUCUGGGCCUCUAUGCUGAGAGUAUUUGGGACUGGCUAAGAUGGUCCAUGGAAGGGUGGUACUGCCCCCUGGGGGGCAUUUUAGAAAUUUAUGGGGCAUAUUUUGGUUGUCACAAGAAUUUGAAGGUUGCUACUGACCUUCAGUCUGCCUGGGACCUCCCUUACUAUGAAGAAUUUCCAAGGCAACUUUUGAAUGAUCUGCUGGACAUCAUGUCUAUGAAAAACCUGCUUAUGUUUAUCUGGGCUUAGAAUUAUUUUCCAUUUUCCAUGGAAACAUGAACUACUUUUCACACAUUUUGCAAAGAUUCAGUUUUCCGGAAUGCACCUCUAUGUAAGUUAAGAGAAAACUACUGAUUUUUACCAUUUUGCUAAGAGUUGUUCACCAUUUUGGAAAAUCAGGCCACCAAUGGCAGCACUGCUUGUGGUAUUUGUGUUGCCAAUAAAACAUUGUUAUCAAUUGCAUUUGUCACAAUUGGAUUCACAGUGAUUCUACAUAUGGGUAUGGGGAUUGGACUGUUUCAUUGUCUUUUGGUUUAUUACCAAGUUUUUCCUUGAAAUCCAUGUUAUGGUAAAUUGCUUUUCACAUUUGUAUGUAUGUGUGUAUGUAUGUGUAUAUAUAACUUUUCCUAUGUAUAGAAGUUAGGGCAUGUUACGGAGUUGUGGUCAUUGUUGUCAUGUGUGUUGUAAGAGUAUAGUAUCCCUGAGUUUCAUUUUGAGGUAGUCAGGGGGCUUGGUCCUGAAAUGAUUGAGAACUGAGGUUCUAAUAGUGAUGAUUCUAAACGCUGGUGAGGAGGAAGGAGUAGGCUGCAAAAUCUCCCCAGGUAAUUUUGAUAGGUUACCACCCUACCCCUCCUAUCCCACUUCCCAGAGCACGACCCAGGAGUAGGGGUUCUGGAUGGAGAUUUUGGGGGGAGGAGUCCAGAACUUGGCUCCCCAGUUAAUGGGUGAUGGAGUUUGCACAAGAGCUGGGCAAAGGUGAAAGGGCUGUGUCCUGUCCCAAAUCCCUUGUUCCUUCGCUCCGCUUCAUUGGCACCCCCACCCCCUUCCCACCUCAAGCAGCUAACUCCACCCAAACGCUGACCUCUUUCUCUACUUAACUCUGGCCCAGGGUAGCCAAGGCAAGACAAAAGCCAGGGCAGCAUGAGCCGAACACCCCUCCAUCCCACCCUACUCCAACCUGUGGGCUCCCAGGAUACCCUGGCUCCCCCGCUGUCGCCAUCACCUGCUCCCCAGAGUCCCUCACCCCCCUCCUGGGUCUUUCCACAUGGGCCUCCCGCCUGCGGCCUCAGCUGUCUUCUGGCUCUGCAGCAUAUCCUGGUCCUGGCUUCUCUGCUCUGUGCUUCCCACCUGCUCCUUCUUCGCAGUCUUCCCCCAGGAGGACUCUCUUACCCCUCUGCCCAGCUCCUGGCCUCCAGCCUCUUUUCGUGUGGUGUGUCUACCACCCUGCAAACAUGGAUAGGCAGCAGGCUGCCUCUGGUCCAGGCCCCGUCCUUAGAGUUCCUUAUCCCUGCUCUGGUGCUGACCAGCCAGAAGCUACCUAUGGCCAUCCAGACACCAGGAAACUCCUCCCUUGUGCUGCGUCUGUGUGGGGGGCCUAGCUGCCAUGGCCUGGAGCUCUGGAACACUUCUCUCCGAGAGGUGUCCGGGGCAGUAGUGGUAUCCGGGCUGCUGCAGGGCAUGCUGGGGCUGUUGGGGGCCCCUGGCUGCUUGUUCCUGCACUGUGGGCCCUUAGUGCUGGCCCCCAGCCUGGUUGUGGCAGGACUCUCUGCCCACAGGGAGGUGGCCCUGUUCUGCUCUGCUCACUGGGGCCUGGCCUUGCUGCUUAUCCUGCUCAUGGUGGUUUGUUCUCAGCACCUGGGCUCCUGCCAGUUACCCCCACGGCCCCGGAGGCCAGCUUCAGCCUCUCCAAAUUGUGCUCACAUCCCCACCUUCCGGCUUGUCUCGGUGCUGAUUCCUGUGGCCUGUGUGUGGAUCAUCUCUGCCCCUCUGGGUCUCAGCACAACCCCCCAGGAGCUGUUGCCCCACACCGAGGCUCCAUGGUUUUGGCUGCCUCACCCAGGUGACUGGGACUGGCCCUUGCUGACGCCCAGGGCUCUGGCCGCAGGCAUCUCCAUGGCCCUGGCAGCCUCCACCAGUUCCCUGGGCUGCUACGCCCUGUGUGGCCGGCUGCUGAACCUGCCUUCCCCACCUCCGCAUGCCUGCAGUCGAGGACUGAGCCUGGAGGGUCUGGGCAGUGUGCUGGCUGGGCUGCUGGGGAGUCCCAUGGGCACAGCAUCCAGCUUCCCCAACACAGGCACAGUGAGUCUCAUCCAGGCUGGAUCCCGGCAAGUGGCCCACUUAGUGGGGCUGAUGUGCCUGGGGCUUGGGCUCUCCCCCAGGCUGGCCCAGCUCCUCACCACCAUCCCGCUGCCUGCACUUGGUGGGGUGCUGGGGAUGACCCAGGCUGUGGUACUGUCUAGUGGAUUCUCCAGCUUCCACCUGGCUGACAUUGACUCUGGGAGGAAUGUCUUCAUUGUCGGUUUCUCCAUCUUCAUGGCCCUGCUGCUGCCAAGAUGGCUUCGGGAAGCCCCGGUCCGACUCAGCACAGGCUGGGGCUCCUUGGAUGUGUUACUGUACUCAUUGCUGGCAGAACCCAUCUUCCUGGCUGGAGUUUUGGGCUUCCUUCUUGAGAACACCAUUCCUGGCACGCGACUUGAGCGAGGCCUAGGUCAAGGGCUGCAAUCUCCUUUUGCUGCCCCAGAGGCUCAGCUGCCUCAGAAGUACAGGGAGAAGGCUGCUCAAGAGUAUUGGCUUCCUUUGUCCAUCCAAAAUCUGUGUUCCUGCAUCCCGCGGCCCCUCCGUUGCCUCUGCCAGCUGCCGGAGGACUCUGGAGAUGAGGAAGGAGGGCCUUCUCAGCCAGGAGAGACAGAAGACUUGCUGCCUGGCUUUGGGGAGCCAUGCCCUGGACCUAGCAGAGAAGGUCUUAGGUCCCAAUAAUUACUAGGACUCCUACUUUU